UUGGCAUCUGUAGGCCAAAAAACAGGGGAAAACUUGGGUUUAUGGCAUUGAUUUAUGGAAAGUUUGGAGCUUCCAUGGUUGAUAGUGAAAUGAUUGGUAAUGGGAGUAAAUAGGUAGCAACUUGGGUGUCAAAAGAGAAACCCUUUCAAACUCCACCCUCCAAAAAUCCACGCUUUAGGAUCCCUACAGUCAAGCUCCCUUCAAAAACCAAACGAGUAAACCUCUCCCUUUUCCAGGAGGAAUCCUAAAUCCCAAUCCUUUCCAAGAACAAAGCUUCUGAUAAAUCAUAAGACAAAUGGAGGAUUGCAUGAGGGUCUGCAUGAGAAAGCUAGCGCUUUGGUUCACCAAAACGUUCAAACCCCUCAUGACGCACGACGAGCUCGAGCCCAUCAUGGCUACCAUGGGCUUCGUCGGCCUCCCGCCCGUCCAGGGACCUUCCGCGGUCGCCUGGAAGGAGUACGUCCACACGGCGUCCCCUGGACUUUCCUGGCGCUCCAAGUCUUCGUAUUGCUUGGGUUCCAUGGCAGGUGAAUCACCUACGACGACGCCGCCGCCCAGACCGAGGUUGCCAUACCCCAGGAUCGAUGGGCUCCACAUUUACACCUACCGCUCCUUCAUUGACGCCGUUAACUUCUAUCUCGAGAUGUGCGAUAUCUCUGAACUCUUCCACAUUAGGGGGAUGCCCCUUCAUCGGAUUCAUGACCGAAAUAGGAAGUGGCGAUGCAUGGAAGAAGAUGAUAGUGUCUUUGUCUACAGGGAAGGGACGCUGGAGCAAACAACGUAUAACUUGUAUCACUUCAACAAGCCAAACUCCAGCAGCACUGGCAGCUGCAACGGCCACAGUUCCAUAGUCAUUCGUGACAAAGGGAACACCAUCCCGGUCAGCUGCAUUGUCCCAUUGAAGGAUAUUAUAGUAUGGCUAGAAAGAUGCUAGGGAAGGGAACUUGAGCAUAGACACCUAUAUACAUAAAUCUUCACUUUGUCUCAGAACUUUUUACAGAAUGUUUGGGAUUCUCUCUUGCCGGUAAGGCUCUCAUUUUUGUCAUAGUAUUGAUAUUAUCCAGAGCCGUUUUCUUCAAGAUUUUGAAACAAUGAUUGUAUAGUUAAUCACAAAGAAUAAUAUCGUGUUAGAACUACAUAGAUGCCUUUGAUCAUCAUAAAGAAAGAAGGAAAACUAGAGAGAUUUUAAGAACUGGAAAGCGGAAAGAAGUAGAGUGCUUCCAUUAUAACCCGUGGGCGGAAGCUUUAUAUUCGGUGCAGCCGAGUUAGAUUGGACCCCAGGAUUUUGCAUUGAACUGACAACGUUGGCUCUGUUGCUCACAUGGCGAUAACUGUGUGUGGCCCUGUUGCUCACACGCCUCAAGGUUCUGCUGGACCCUUGUUUGUACCUUUCUCUGGGUUGGGCCAGGUCGUAGUAGCAGAGCAUAAAAGAUACAAGUAACAACUUGCUAUUAUCUGCUAUAGUGCCAAACGUCCCAAAAUUGAAGGAACAUAUCUGCUUUUGAAGGCCCUUUAGACUUUAGACCCUCUUUCAUUAUCUCUUCUUUUGGUCUUUAUCGGUUUUUUCAACAAAAGAAUCCCAAAAUUAAGGCUAAUAAGAUUGGCAAUUUGAGAUGACAGAUUGUAAUUGUGUUGUG